CACGUGCGACGAACAAAUCGGCCAAGAGACAAAGUAUUGUUUAAAAAAAAAAAAAAAAGUGUGCGCAUGCGUGGCUGUAAUCCUGCUGGGGCGCAGAUCGGGUAACCGCACGGAGGUCGAAAGUGACGUAUUUCCGAGCUCCUACUUCCGAGUCCUGGCAGACAGUGGAAUGAGUCUGUUUGUGGACACACAGAGGAACAUCCCUCUCACUGAGCAACUGUACCAGGCAGCGCGCGAAGCCACAGCGUGCUACAUUGAAGAAACUAUGACCGAGGGAGUCACUGUGUAUGUUUCUGAGAACAAUCUGGAGGCAGAAACAUCUCUCUCAGUCGAACCCUUCCCACCAAAUGAGUCGUUCAAUAAAGAGCAAACACGCUUUUUGAUCGAUUUAGUCCGCAGUCAGCUGGAGGCAGAUGGCAGAGGACUCCCGAGAACUUUGAAGGAGCUAAAUUACAGAUUGAAGUCUGCAAAAGGGCAGAAAAAAAACUUGUGGUUGGAUAUGGCCAAUAAACUCUCCAAACAGUUUAUGGAAACCUUUGACCCAAGUAAGGUGGCUAGAAAAUGGUACACGCUUGAGGAUGGAUACAAGAAAGUCCUAGAACAUAAUAGUAUAAGUAGUCCAACAAAAACUCGGUUCCAGUUUUUCACAGAGAUGGAAGAGCUGUUGGACAGCCAUCAUGACAUUGAUUUGUCUGCUGUUGGCACGGUGCAAGGUAUAGUCGGGCGCAGACGAAAGACAUUUGGUAUUGACUGUCAUAGAGACUCACCUGCAGCAAGACAAACACCUACGGCUUCACCAACACAACCUCUGCGCAAGCGGAGAAGGCAAGAAGAGGACUAUGCAACUCUUCUGGACUUUUUAAGGGAAUCUGAGGCAGCUAGUCAGCGACGGCACGAGGAAAUUCUGGCCCAAAUGAAAUCUGCUCAGAAAGGGUUUGAGGAGCUAAUGUGCAAAUUCUUGGAGAAAAUGUGACCACCUGUGUGUGCACACAACACAUACUUUGAUGUACUGCUAUUACCUUUUUCCCAAAAGUGUUUCCUUGUCCAUAAUAUUUUCCUAGCAUAGCCUUAAAAAAUGAAGUGUAUGACUGUUUUAGUUAUAAAUUUACAUACGUUGUGCUAAUCACAAAUUUACAUUGUUACGGCUUGAUACUUUUUUUUAAUGCUUAUUUCAUGUUAAAUCAGAUUUCCCUCUGUUACCAAGAAGGCUGUUCUAAUCAGGUUUGCAUUUAUAAAUGUAACCUGUUCUAUUGUCCAGGUUAAAAUUCCUGACUCAAUUCUGAGAACAAGAAGUAAACGUUUGUUUACAGUA